GGUUUACAUGGUUGUUAAUAACUGGGGCUCCCCGGGAUUGCUCACAACAACAGAGGAAGGCGCACUAGCUCUGACCAAAUAAAGCCCAGAUUUGAGAUCCUGUUUUGGAACCAGACAAACGGAAACUAACGUUAACGCGUUCCUGUGCGAAGGGCUUCGUUCUUCUACUGAAAGCUAUUGUUUGUACCGAGCUAGCUUUGUCCUUCGUAGUCACUGCUGUGGUGGGUUUGGCGAUAUAUUUACACAAAUCGUUUUGGAAUAUGGCUCAGCAUGGACAUCAUGUAGCCAGUUCCCAAAAAGCACUUAUGCUGGAGAUGAAAAGUCUCCAAGAUGAGCCGGUCGAAGGAUUCAAAAUAACUUUGGUGGACGAGUCGGACAUGUACAACUGGGAAGUAGCGAUAUUCGGACCCCCAAACACACACUACGAGGGUGGUUAUUUUAAGGCUCGGAUCAAGUUUCCCGUUGACUAUCCAUACUCUCCACCUGCUUUCCGCUUCCUCACCAAGAUGUGGCACCCCAACAUCUAUGAGAAUGGCGAUGUGUGUAUCUCUAUCCUGCACCCACCAGUGGACGACCCACAGAGCGGUGAGCUGCCUUCAGAGAGGUGGAACCCCACACAGAACGUCAGGACCAUCUUGCUCAGUGUGAUCUCUCUGCUGAAUGAACCCAACACAUUCUCCCCAGCCAACGUGGACGCAUCCGUCAUGUACCGCAAGUGGAGGGACAGCAAGGGCAAAGACAGAGAAUACAUUGAGAUCAUCAGAAAACAGGUGCUUGCUACCAAAGCUGAUGCAGAACGGGACGGCGUCAAGGUUCCCGUCACGUUGGACGAAUAUUGCGUCCGCACCCAAGUCCCACCCACAGACGACGGCUCAAACCUCUUAUACGAUGACUACUAUGACGACGAGGAGCUGGAGGACGACGACGAGGACGACAACGAAGACUGUUGCUAUGACGAGGACGACUCGGGCACAGAGGACUCCUGACCUCACCCACCAGCACCACCUCCCCCGACCACGACUAGUUCUCACCCCUCCUACACACACACACUUGCCUCCCUCUUCUGUCAUGGACUGAACUUUAAACCCUUGCCCCUUUUCCCUUCCUCCUGAAUCAUCAUUUAGCACAGGCCCCCUGUUCACAUGUGCAGUCACAGUAUGCACACUAAAACCUGUUGCAUUGAAGAAAAGAAGCUACAGAGUUGUUUUUGUUUGUUUCUUUCUUACAUGUUUUCUUUCAUUUUUCCAUUUGUCGUCUGAGUAGAGGUUACACACGCACACAGCAGGAUAACUUCAAGUUUUGAGUUUUGACUUCCUCAUGCUUAUCUGCACCGGUAGCAAAAGAUUUGUUUAAAUUUCCUUAAAAAAAGACCACAGGAUUUGAGUGAACUAAGCGUAUGUGAAAGCCGAGUUUCUUUUAAAGAACCUUAGCUCAAGAAUGGUCGAGUCUCUUCUUGAAUUCAUCAACAGCCAGGAAUGAAAUAUCAGAUAGAAGGAGAACCAGGAAAGCAUGCUUGCAACAGACAUUAAUUUAGGAAAAUUGGCAUACUGCGUGUGUUUCAGAAAGCUGAGUCAUUUCCGUCUCUGAGCCAUGUGUGUGACCUCCAGUUAGUAGGCCCUGCCAUGCUUCACCUCUGACCUUUUGAGCCCCAGGGCUUGUGCUGCUCCAAACAGGGAAGCUAUCUAUUUCUAAAAACGUUCACACUCCCUUGUGCCUUCCCUCACUACCCGAUAAUCCAAAUGACUGACUCACAGGGCCAUCCGGUCAAGGCAAACCCCCGACCAGCCAGACAGACAAAGGUGGCAGAGGGAGACAUUCAGGCUCACAGUAGUUCUGCUUCCACCUUCAAGUCUCAGGUGGAAAUACUGUGCAAGCUGCGCCCUGCUGAUGGAACAAGUUUUGACUUAUUUAUGGCAGCACCUGUCAAAUGUGACUGGGGUGUGAGUGAGAAAGGUAAGAUCCAACAGCUGAACUAAAGAAUGGAAUGUAGACCAGAAUCCCACAGACGUCCUCUAGCGACUGCCACACAGCCUUCAUCGUACAAGCACGUGCUACUAGUGGCCUGGAUGCAUUAAGAAACAGCUAGCUGAGCCCACUGCUGCUCAUGAAAUCCAAUGUACUGUAUUUAAAAAAAACACCUAUGCAGUCAGUGCUUGAACUUACUUAAUAUGCAGUGCUUUAAUGUGGCAGUAAAGCUGAGCCUUGCAAGAGUCUGACCUGAACUCACGCUUGAGUUUCACAAGCCAGCUAUGUAUCUGUGAGUGACUUUGUCCUUGGUUAGAGGUGGGCAUGUGUAGUUGUAUCUGUAUUUGAUUUUGUCUGAGGCUUUUGGGUCAUACUCGGAGUAGCACAAAUCUCCAGAACAGAAGAGUUGCAUUAUACUCAAGCCUUUACAGAGCUCGCCCUCUACUGGUGGCUGUGUGUACAGGCUGUUUUUUUUUUUUUGUUUGUUUUUUAAAUCUCUGAAACCCUCAACUGAGCUGCAGCCAUCUUGACUCACCUGAAUCAAUGAACCCUGCUACCUGGAGAUCAAGUAGCCGUGUGAGUGACUCAGAACAAUGAAAAUGACCCCCUCCUAACUGCCAGGAGUGCUCUGUAGCACAAAUGACCACCAUCCAACAGUAUUCGCAAUGAAGUUGUCAUUGCUGUAACCAUGUUUCCGUUGUGUGUGAAUAUUUCGCUGAUCGUUCAUGAGAUGUGCUGGAAAGUGUGGAGAAGAAGCGCAAAAAUGGGAAGGUACUGGGAUAGGGUUUAUCUUUGAGCAUGAACAGGAGAAUGUGGUUCUCCACUAGCAUGCUGUUAUGACGUGUUUGUGGUUUUAGAUCUGCUAUAAGGGUUGGGAUUAUGUCCAAGGAAAACGGUCCUCAAUUUUAAUCUAAAACUGUUGCAUUGUGAAUGGGCUGAGGGUUUGUGUUUUCCGGGCUUCUUUUCUGUUUUGAUGUAAGAUUUUCCUUUCCAAAAUGUGGUGUGAGCUGCAAAACCUUCUACCUUAUAUGUAUUAAGAAUAUUGAUUGUUAAAAGCCCUGGGUUCACGGAUUAAUUAUUAAGUGUAUCAACCAGUUACACAAAACUAAAGAAAUUGUCAUUCACACCACACAGUAAUUAUUAAUUGGCCCUAAAUGGUCCACGGUGACUUAUCAAUACUGAGUAACUGACUAUCCAACAUCUAUUUCAUGACCUCUGGAUGAUCCUCCCCAUUUCUGUUUUAAUGUUCUGGAAGAAUGCGAUUUCAUCUUUUUAUCAGACUACUGUUUUAUCGUCUCCUCCCCAUCAGUUCUCUGAGCUCUGAUUGGUGGCAGCAUCACUGAGGGGAAAAAACCCAGCAAAACAACAAGAACCUCAGGAAAAAAAACGACAACAACCAACAAACAAAACAUUUUUCAACUGAGUGAACCUGACCCUGGGGAGUCUCGCUUUUCGGCUUCAAAGGACUGUUUACAAUCUCUACCUUGAUAUGCACAUGUGGAUAUUUUGACGAUCACUUGAUGUUUUUUUUUCCCUUGUUUAUAUUUUCUUUUUUUCUUAUGGUUUGUAAAUCUAUUUAAAAUCUGAAAUAAAGCUCUUUAUUAGAUAUUG